AUGGACAAGGCAAAGACGCUGGAGAUACUGCGAGGCAUGAAGUUCAUGCAGCGCAAGGAGGAGGCGAAGCGGCGCGCCGCCUUUGAGGUCGCCCAGCGGGACGAAAUUGAGCGGCAGCUGCUGCACCCCGGCACCGGCAGCAGCAGCGCGAGCGGGGGCGUCAGUGACGGUGGCUCCUCUGCGCUCAGAAAUUGUGGCGGUGGCGGACCAGCCAGGGCGACCGUCUUAUACGACGAUUCCUUUCCCACCCACGCGUACAGCCUGUCGCGGCGCAGCUUUACAGAGACGCUCGGCGGUGGUGAUGCGAUCCCGGUUGCCGCGGGUCUCGGCGACACAGACAGGCAUCUGGAAGAUGGCGCUGUGGAAUCGAGGGUUUUGCUGAAGGACGUCGGCGAGGCGCCAACGUCAGCGGACGCUGCUCUGGGCGACAGCGAGGUCGCCAGUGACGAAGAAGUGGACGACUUGUGGGGCGGUGAGGACGUCGAAGGUGAGGUGAAUGACCCAACGGCGGCCUCGGACAGACGACGUCAGGGUGGUGAGAAGACUCGUGCCUGCCGAGGCGACCGGGACCAGCACGCCUGCAGCAAUGGCAGGUUCAUAGUGCAGCCGUCGCUGCGCGCCCCGAAACUGCCGCGGCGUCUGCAGGAGAGCGUAGCAGAGCAGAAGCGGCGGCAGAAGCGGCAGCGCGCGGAAGAGGAGGGCGACAUGGGCAUGUGA